AUGUCUAAUGAACCUAUGGAUAAGGAGGGUUUUAUUCCGGUUAAGCCCCGUAAUAAAGGCAAAGGAAAAAAGAGAUCCUGGCUGGAUAGACAGAAUGAGGAUACUUUUAACAAGUUUGAAGUUCUUGAUAAUUUGACACAAGAGGAAGGCAUUCCAGUUGAGAUCUCUUCUGGAGAUAAGGGUCUGCAUGAAGUUCAGGAUGAGAAUGAAAAGAAAGAGGAUCAAAUUGUAUCUUCAGAGGUCCAUCAAGUGGAUCAGAUGGCUGUGGCUUUGUCUUCUCAAGCUCAGGAUUUCAGGGUUCUCCAGGGGUCUCAGACUCUGUUGGGCUCUGUUGUGGUGGUUCUUGAUCCCCCUGCUCCUAAGGGGGCUUCAGAAUCUGUAAAGGGUAACAAAGCUCCUUCUAUUUUAGGCUUACAGCAGAAAUCCUUUAAGAAGGGGCCUCUUGAUAAACCAUCAAAGAGUGGAAGGAAGACUGAUCAAGAGAAGGUUAAGAUCAUGGGUGAUACUUUGGUUGAGUUGGGACAAAAGGCUGUUCGCAGAUUAAUUGAAUCUCAAUCACCAGAUGUGGUCUUCAUUCAGGAAACCAAGCUUUCAGUUGACGGUUUGGCGAGCUGUGCUCUGCGUAAGUCCAGUCUAUGGGCUCACAUUCAAUUCAUUCGGGCCUUGGAUCCGUUCCUCCCAUGGAUUAUGGCUGGUGAUUUUAAUGCUGUUACCUGCUUGGAUGAAAAACGUGGUGGAUUAGCCAGGCUGGACCCUUCUGCAAAUUUGCUCAGGAAUAUGAUUGGCUCCCUGAAUCUCAUUGAUGUGAAGCCAACCAAUGGUGUAUUUACAUGGAAUAAUAGGAGAUGUGGUGGUGAGGCUAUCUCAGAGAGGCUUGAUAGAUUUCUUGUCUCCUGCUAUUGGUUGAAUAGUAGGUUGAUCACAAGUUCUGAAAUUCUUGACUGGAGGGGCUUUGAUCACUGGCCUAUCAAGCUCUCUGUCACCGAGGGGAGGCCUACCCAUGGGACGGCCAUGUUUAUUUUCACUAAGAGGCUUCAACAUGUGAAGUUCAGGCUUAAGAGAUGGAAUAAACAGUGUUUUGGGAACCUACAAGCUCAGAAGUUGGUUGCCCAGUCCAAGUUGGAUUCCAUCACUCGUCAGAUUCGUGACCAGGGGUUGACCUCAGACCUUAGCAUUGCUGAGUCCUUGGCUCUAAAGGGAUUAGAAGAGUGGGAGCUUUGGGAGGAGAUCUUCUGGAAGCAGAAAUCUCGCAUUGAUUGGCUUCAGGAGGGAGAUAGGAACAUCGCUUUCUUCCAUAAUUCGGUUAAGGCUCGGAGGCAGGGGAACUCUAUCUCCUCUUUAGUUUCUCAAGAUGGGGCUCAGCUUUCCUCCAGCGCUGAUAUUUCCAGGGAAGCUGUCUAUUAUUUUUCUAACCUUUUUUCUAGGGAGGAUAUUGCUGCUAGGGCUGAGGAGGGGGCCAUUUUGGAUUGUAUUCCCCAACUGGUCUCUGCUGAGAUGAAUGGGGUUCUCUUAUGUCCUAUCUUGUUACCUGAAUUGGAGAAAGUGGUGUUUAAUAUGAAAAAAGGCAAGGCUCCUGGUCCGGAUGGGUUUCCGAUUGAGUUCUUCCAGGAGUUUUGGGAAAUUAUAAAGUUUGACCUCCUUGAGGUGAUUCAGGAAUCACAUAGGAACAAGCAGAUGCUCAAGUCCAUGAAUUCUACCUUCCUGGCUCUUAUUCCCAAGAUGGAAGGAGCUAAUCGACUGGCGCAAUUCAGGCCUAUUGCGUUAUGUAAUGUGGUCUACAAGAUCAUCACCAAGUUGAUUGCUGAGCGACUCAAACCACUCCUCGGUUCUCUGAUCUCUGCUGAGCAGGGUGGUUUUGUUGAAGGGAGACAAAUUUUGGAUGGCAUCAUGAUUGCCAUGGAAGCUAUUCAUUCUAUGGCUAACUCUAAGGAGAAGGCUAUGUUUAUUAAACUUGACAUGUCUAAAGCUUAUGACCGAGGGGAUCCUUUAUCUCCUUACUUAUUCAUUAUCAUGGCAGAGGGUCUUGGAAGAUUUAUUAAAUCUCAGUUUGUGGAUGAUACGGGGCUGAUGGGCCUGGCUAGAAUUAGUGAGGCUGUGAACUUCAGGAGAGCUCUUGACAUCUAUUUGAAGGCUUCAGGUCAGUGUAUUAAUGAUGACAAGUCUUCCAUUUAUUUCUUUAAUACUCCUCAAUGUAUUCAGAGCAGGAUUGCUAGGAUCUUAAGAUUUCAGAUUGGUUCUCUCCCCUUGAUGUACCUUGGGAUCCCUUUGGCUUUGGGAGCCCAGCGUAGAGAUUACUGGAAGGGAAUUUUGGAUAAAUUUCGGAGUAAGGUUAGUCAUUGGACUCACAGGUGGCUAUCUUCUGCUGGGAGAAUGGUUCUUCUAAAGACUGUGGUGCAGUCUCUCCCCAUCUAUAGGUGUUGUGUGCAGGCUCCCCCGUCAGCCUUUGUGCGGGAAUUCGAUGCUUUGUCUCGGCAAUUUCUCUGGUCUGGCAACCUUCUUUCCUCGAAGUGGAGCUUAGUCAAGUGGGAGUCUGUUUGCAGGCCGAAGCAUGCUGGGGGCCUUGGGCUUAGGUCUAUGGCUCUUGCUGUCACUGCCUUGGCGGCCAAGCUAUACUGGAGGUGGUGCAACAAUCAGGAUCAGGAUUGGGCUAAGAUUCUGGCCCACAAGUAUCUCCCCGGUGUUGAUUGCCUUGAUGUGCCUCGUCUUCAUUUGUUGGGAAAGGGUUCUUGUAUUUGGGAUACUCUUAAGAAGGGUGCUCAGCUGAUUAAGGAGGGGCUCUUCUGGAUCUGUAAUAGAGGCUCUGAGGCUCUUUUUUGGCAGGACUCUUGGGAUGGCCACCCUCCCAUUCUUUCUAGUUUUCCUCAGCUUCAGCCUCUUUGCAAUAUUUUCUCUGAUGCCGGUUGGAUUAAGGUGGAACAUUUUAAAACUGUCAAGCGUACUAGUCAGGCGACGGUGGCUUGCUGGAAGGAUCCUCAGGAGUGGCCCUUAGGUGGUUCUGAUGAGGAUCGUGAUGUUCUUGUUAGAAUUUUGAAGGAUAGACUUUGCAGCUCUCUGAAUGGGAGGGAUGUUCUGGCUUGGAGUCCUAGUCCAAAAGGUAAAUUCAUUGUUGCUCAAGGCUACGCUAGGCUUGACAAGAACUUACAUGGUCCGGCUGAGGUGCACUGGUGGAAGAAGGUUUGGGACAACUUCUCAUGGCCCAAAUGCAAUUUUUUCUUAUGGUUGCUUGCUCAGAGGAAGUGCCUCACUUGGGAAAAUCUUCGCAAGCGAGGUUUUCAGGGUCCUUCUAUUUGCCUUCUUUGUUCCUGCAAUGAGGAGUGUACCUCUCACUUGUUCUUUCUUUGCCCUUACUCUAGAGAGUUGUGGCAUAGAUGGUGGGAGGCUUGGCAACAUGGUUGUAUUCAUGCUACCUCCUUGAUUGACUUUUGGGAAAGUUUGGGCAGACCUCCUACAAAGACUUCUUUCCUGCAGGUGGCCUGGUCUAUUGGGCCUACUCUCAUUCUUUGGAACCUUUGGCUGGAGAGGAACCGACGAGUUUUUUGUGGCUCCAAUUUGGGAAUUUCUCAAUUGUGGAAGAAGAUUCUUAGCAGGCUCCAGGAGACUAUUUCAGCUAAGUGUAAUAUGUCUGUUAAUUCUGAUCCUGGUGACCUGGCUAUUUUGCAAAAUUUGAACUUGGGGGAUAGCAGCAGGGAAAGCCUUGCUGGUAGAAGAUCCCGCCAUGUCAGGCAACGGGUCAGUCGCGAUGGAAGGUGGACGCCUCCCCCGGUGGGGGUCUUAAAAAUUAACAUUGAUGGUUCUUCUCGUGGGAACCCUGGUCAUGCUGGUGUUGGGGGUAUUGGUAGAGGUAAUGAUGGUGGUGCUGUUUUUGUCUUCUCUAUUUACAAAGGGCAGCAUUCUAAUAAUCUGAUGGAGGCCCUUGCUAUCAAGAUAGCUGUGGAGCGGGGAUACUCUUUAGGUUGGCGGAGGAUCAUUUGUGAGUCUGAUUCUCAGAUUGUGGUGGAUAUGCUGAACAACCAGAAGCUGGAGGAUGUUAGUUGGCAAUUGGCUUUUGUGGUCGGAGAGUGGAACAGAGUGGCCGAUUGUCUGGCGAAGUGGGCCUCUGAGAAUGUGGACGACUGGGAUAUUAGUGGAAGGGAUGAGUUACCUUCUGAUUACUUGGGGACUCUAGAGAGGUUAUUAGUGGAGGACAGGAGAAAAGAAAUGACCCCCAUUUUGGAGUUGCUGGGUGUUGAUAACAAGAAGAAAUCAUUAGAGGGAUCAGUAAAUCAGACAGUGGUUGAAAAUUUGCAAGAAGCUCUUAAAUGUAUCAAGAGCACAAGUCAAACUGUUGAUUUAAGUGUUGCACAGAGAGCAUUAAUGACUAUGAUUCCUAGUAAGAAAUUGUCACAGAGAAGACAAACUCAAGCAAUUGCUCAGUUAUUGAAUGUGUCUAGAAGAACCGUCCAGAGAUAUGUUAGGCAAAAAACAGGUGAUAUUUUUGUCAUGGUUGUAGAUCCUGACAAUGCAGAAGGUGUUGACUAUUACCUACUACAAUGCACAAAACCAAAAUGUAAAUUUUCAGAAUCAAUGGAAGAUGGUGAUGGGUAA